AUGAACAGGCAGAGAAGAGGACUGCAAAGGCGAGACUACAGUCAUGGAAGACCCGCCAUAACUGUAGAUCAUGACAACAUUGGAGUUAUUGUAAGUGAAGAAGACAGAUCACCUUCGCCUUCAUCAUCAUCAUCAUCUUCGCCGGAUCGAAGCAGAAGAAGAGUAAGAACAUCGAUUGCGGAAAGAAUUGUCCGUUCAGCUAGCAGGAGCAAUCUAGAACCAUCUGGCGCUGCUGCUGGUCGUGAAAUUGGACGCGGACGUCAAUUGUUAGCAACACCAGGAGUAGCCAUUCGGCCAGCAGACCUUGGCCAACCACUUAAUCAACUACCGGUAGCAGCCGCCAUUCGGCCAGCCGGCCUUGGCCAACCAGUUCAAGUAGCUGCUGCAGCCGCCAUUCGGCCAGCUGGGCGUGGCCAAUUACUUCAAGUAGCUGCUGCAGCCGCCAUUCGGCCAGCCGGACUUGGCCAACCAGUUCCAGUAGCUGCUGCAGCCACCAUUCGGCCAGCCGGCCUUGGCCAACCAGUUCCAGUAGCUGCUGCAGCCGCCAUUCGGCCAGCCGGCCUUGGCCAACCAGUUCAAGUAGCUGCUGCAGCCGCCAUUCGGCCAGCUGGGCGUGGCCAAUUACUUCAAGUAGCUGCUGCAGCCGCCAUUCGGCCAGCCGGCCUUGGCCAACCAGUUCCAGUAGCUGCUGCAGCCGCCAUUCGGCCAGCCGGCCUUGGCCAAUUACUUCAGCAACCACCGGUAGCAGCCGCCAUUCGGCCAGCCGGCCUUGGCCAACCAGUUCAAGUAGCUGCUGCAGCCGCCAUUCGGCCAGCCGCCACGCAUGUUGGUCCUUAA